AUGAGCGACCCUCAGCAGCACCCACCCCCCAUCACGGGCAGCACGCCUUCAUCACCUGCCAAAGACCAGCAGAUGUCUUCGAUAGCCACGCCGCCAGCACCAGGUCCCGCUGCUGCGAACAUGGCACCCCAUCAAGAGAUGGACGACCAGAGGCGUGUCCCAGCAGAGACAGAGACAGCGGCCUCCAGCACGCAGCAGCUACUGCCCGGCAAGAUGAAAACCCCUUCCGCGUCUCCAUUUGCUCUGCUGCCUGACGAGACGAAGACUCUUUCUAUGUCUCGAUUCGAUCUGUUGCCUGACGAGAGGAAGACCCCCUCCAUAUCUUCAUUUAAUCUUCUGCCUGACCAGAUGACGACUCCCUCCGCCGCAUCUGGAUUUUCUCUGCAGCCCGACGAGCGGAAGACUCCUUCUGCGUCUCGAUUUGCUCCGCAGCUGGCUGCACGCAAGCCGCACGCUCGAGACAACGAGACGACCCGCCAAGCUGCUGAUGCCGAUGACAAGGAGAGCGCCCGCCCGCCCCAGCCAGACACCGCCAGCAAGACAAUAGAGGAGGCAGCAGAGACGCUGGCGGCCCUGGUGGAGAGACCCGAGAGUACCAUCGCCGAUGACAGCAGCACGCUGGCCGGGUCAGAUGCGGAGAGGGAGGACGAUGAGGCGGCCUACUGCACGCCGACUGGCAUAAUGAGCCUCGACGGUCAGUUGGAACAUCCGUCAGCUGGUGACAGCCAGAGUCUUGCCGGUAGCAAGAGGGCCGCGCCAUCUCCGCCCGCCAGUGACAGCCCCGUCCAGGCUAAGAAGAACAAGACCGCGCCGCCGCAUGCUGAGCCUAGCACGAUAGCUAGCACGGGAAAGAUCACGGACAUCCCCCACUGCGAGUCAGUCCCCGAUGGUAUGGUGGAGGACGUGAGGGGUUUCUGGAGCGUGAAGGCCACGAUGACGGAUACAGCAUUCCACGCAGAGCGGAAGAAGCUGCUCGACAGGAUCCUGAUUGCGGCCCCGAUAAGUUCGUCCAAGGCUAUGAAGGAGAUGCGAGAGCAGCUGAUACGAUGGGCUGUGAGCAACCGGGAGACGGUCGUGCGCAUUAUGGAUCUGGCAGAUAGGGUGGUGAGGAAGAUCACCUCACAGGCGAUCGAGGAGCCGGCUGGCAGGGAGGGGUCCGUCGAGGGGGCGUCGCCGGCACCGCCAGGGAUCAGGAGGUCAGCACGCGUGAAGGCAGACAGGGAACGUACCACGGCGACAGCACCUGAGGGCUCUCAAGCUAGGCAAGACAGAGGAGGGUCACGUGACCCCUUGUUAGACUGA